UUGGACAGUAGAAAGACUUUGGGGUUUUGACAUAAAUUCGUAUUUUAUUGUAAGUGGCCGUCACCUGAACACGAUUCGCGACAAUCGGUAACCAAGGACAUGCCCAUUCUUUAAAAGAAUUUCAUCAAGGCCUCGCCACAGGGAUACUUGAUUUAAUGGCACAAAUUAAUCAAUGAUUUUAACCCACACACGAAAAAAAAAACUACUUUACAUAAUUCCUCCGGGAUCAACGAGAGAUUAACUGGUUGAAAAUUUCAACCAGAAAAAGAGUUUUUUUAUUAGUCAUGGAUCCAUCAAAGUUUGAAGACAUGGUAUAGCAAUGGUAUAGCCAAUUGGUGAAUGCGAUUUGCAUAAACCGUUUAUUUGCCACUAGCGUUUGGGAAAUUUGAUUGUUUGACUCAAAACGAUAAGCCACUUUCCGUUUUACUAGUAUCGUUGCGUUUCUGGAAAASMUUGUUAUCCGUAUAARUAUCCUGCAAUCUUGAAAACUGGGAAUUAUGACAGUGGAGAUAUCGGGUGAAAAUGCUACAAGUUAAAUUCAAAUACACGGACAGUGAGAAAUUACGACGAGCAAACAGAGUUGCCGUUGAAGAAAGCCAAGGAUUAUUUCAACAAGUCGAGAAGCUUAACACUCCAUUAUCACAGAAAUGGAGGACAGCAGCCCUUUGCAUUUCGUUUUUCUCAAUUGUUGUUAACCUUGCAUUGGCAGUUGUAUAUCUUGUUCUAUCUUUCGCGAUUCUAAGCCCUGCGGCUUUUGGUUUUGCGUUUGAAGUCAUUCUUGACUGUAUAUCAUCAAUAGUCGUCGUAUGGAGAUUUAUGGGAAAAGAAGGACAUCUAUAUUCAUAUGACAAGGAGAGAARGGCGAGUAUAGGUAUCGGUAUAUGCUUCAUUUUGUCAUCGUUUGCUAUAUCAGCGAAAGCUAUCCAUACAUUGAUAGACGAUACUGAACCUAGACGGAGCGACAGCCUUUUGAUAUUGUCAGCUGCUACCUUUGUGGUACUCUUCAUAGCUGCUUAUAUGAAAUAUGUGGUGGCUUAUAAAGUCGACAGUUAUUCCAUGAGAGUCGAUGCAUUCAACACUACUGCGGGUGGGAUAAUGGCAUUCGCUGUGCUUAUUGCGUCAGUACUCUACGAACAUUCCAAAGCYAUCUGGUUCCUAGACGCUACAGUGGCUUUAUGCAUAGCAUUUAUAUUUCUAGCAUAUGGAAUUAGAAUGAUCAUCGAGAUGUGUAGGUAUAGAGGCACUCCUGUUCCUACUUCCGGCUAACCCUCUCUAAUGGUCUACAUGACCUAAGUGUACGACUACGAUGUACAACUACCGUCAAGAYACAAUCACACAACAUGAAGUGGCUUGAAAUAGUGGCUGGCGAGCGCGUGACCGCCUUUCCCCACUAAACUUUGUUUAUAUAUSCACCCCGACUCUUUGCAAGCUUGUAAAUAUAUCAGCAGCACUCUUGAACUAAUAAAACUAUUUACAUUGUAUUAUCUAUAUGUCAACGUGAUUCUACGACUUUUAAAAGUGCUUUUAUGGAUUUACAAUUUCAAAUGCUCAAUCAUUAUCUCGCUUUGAUACAAAGGCACGGCUACCUUKUAACUUCUUUAAAAUGGASUGUUACGUKUAUAAACUUUAUAUAGAYYYSUCAACAYGUAUACAAGGAACACUUCUCAAGACACAGUGAUAACAGUUUUUUUAUUCAUAUUUUCUUAAAGAAAUGUUGCACAAUCCAUUGUAGAAAUUUGGUUUUAAUUUUUUUUAAUAAGUAAAUUAAUUAACAAUGACUACCUAAAUUAAAUGAUAUAAUGUUGAACUGUUACCUAAUUAUAUUAUUGCCAUUAACUCUUGCCUUCUAUUCACCAUACUCAUUGCCACGUUUGCAGUACAUGUGAAUGCAGUUUCAUCUUGGAGACAACUAAGCUCACAAAGCAAGACUUAUUUUGUCAGUAAGACGAAGAUGCUUUCACAUCACAUACAAGACGUCGAUAGACUUUCAUGUAUGUAUAAUAAUUCUAUUUAUUUUGGUCUUGUGAAGUCGUAGAAGCCAUUGGUAUGUGCACCAAAAUGGCYGCAACGCUUCUCAAUGGCUCACAAUCUUGUUGUCGAUUCCCAACACUUCUGGUUGAAAAUCCUGAUCCCUGAUCCCGUAUAUCUCGUUACUGGCCUGGCAUAUUAUUUUAUCAUUACAUAUUUUUGUCGUGCUAAGAAAACUGAAGAUUAUCUAUUAUUGAAUCUAUCAAUUUCUCCUAACCCCAAUAUUGUAAAUGUUAGAUCAGUGGAAUUCUCAAUCACCCAAAACAAAAACAAAAAAUGUAUAUAAAAAUAUGGAAUUUUAAUAAAAUUGAAUUUUAUGAA